UCUACAUUUUCGUUCUUUCCUUUUUUGUUGGUAACAUACCAUCCGCUGGCACAUUGCAACGCGUUGCGGCAGCAAUGGAACAUGGAGACUCGUCCGAAGCCGACCCCACUUUUGUUUCACUCAUGAAUGAGUGCCAGAUUGCAGAUGUCUUCCAAGAUGACCUUUUGCAAGCAGGUUGGACGCGUGAAACAUUUCAGUUCUGUGUCACUCGACUGGAGGAUCUUGAUGAUUUUCUGACGGAAACAUUUGCGGAGCCCAUUGCUGGUUUGCCGCUGGCUCGUUUUCGCCUGCUGUGGAACAAGUGCCAGCAGGUUCCAACCGCUCCUGCGCCAUCUGAGGAGCAGGAUACACCUGUGGCGGCUGAAGGCUCGCAGGGUUGGUCAGAGACUUUUGCACCGAGAAUGGCUACGAGCAAGAUCAGAGAAUUGAAGCAAGCCUUUGAAAAGGCUUAUCCUAGCGAAUUGCUCACUGCGGACAACUGUCCUAGCACAAGGCUGCUCAGCUUGGUGUUUAAGCAAGUUUCUGCAAAGGAGUGGCGAUGGAUCCCCUGGAAAUGGCGGCUGUCCAUUACCAAACAUGACGAAGUGGUGCACUCCAGAACUCCCAAGCUCGCCAAGGUGGAGCACUUGCAGUUGCAUGAUCUCAUGUGCGAUGAGCCUCCUGCGCUUGACAUUGCAAACAUGGGAAUGCAUGCGGUCAACACUUCCAUGCAUGUUCACAACUUGGCUAUCGCGAUUUGCCGGGGCGCACAUCUGGCAACACUGAAUACUUACAAAAACCGCUUCAUGCAGUUGCUCAGUGCCAGGUUCGAGCAAUCAUCAGGUCUGCGCGCCCCUAGCCUGCAAGAAGCCCAACAGGCGGAUCAACGCCUUUGGCAACAGGUCGGCGAGUUGGUCACUGACAAGGGAUGGAAGCUGGACGAUGCAAUUUACGAAUUUGCUGUACUCAGGCCCGAUAUGCAAGCGCUGCUGCAGCCUCGUUGCAAACCGGUGAUUCUGGCUCACCCUGGGAAUUCCUUUGCAACUUCGUCGAGUCGGAAAGGUGGCAAGGCUCAGGGCAAGGGAAAGAAAAGCGCCAAAGGGCCUGCGGGGCCCAAACGCCCUGGGCUGAACAGUCAGCAGUGGAUUGCGGAAGUGGUCAAAGAUGGCCGGCGUCACACCUUGUGCAUGCAAUGGAACGCAGGACGCUGCUCCAUGGCGCAAUGCAACUUUCUACAUGCUUGCGCUUACCCCAAGGCAGACGGCGUAGCUUGCGCGGGCUCGCAUGCGGCUCGAGACCAUGCUAGCGCCUCGCACUGACAGGAUAUCGUCCCGGACGGGGCAGGCCGGGAAAGUAGCUUUCAUGAUAUUCUGCCCCAGGAUCCUGGAAAUGUUGCACCUGUGUGCAACAUGACCGAUCCAACACAGCACGCCGCUGAAUGCGAGCCCGGUUUUUCGUGCAGUCAGUCUGUCCAGAAAGCCACUUUGUUCAGUCAAGCUCCUCAGCGCCAACAAGAUGUUUCACCAGCAUGCAGUAUACCCAAACCAACUCGGCAAGCGCAAGACCGCGAGCCUGGAGUUCCUGGCAGCCAAGCUGCCCAGGAGCCAUUUUUGCAGAAUCAAGUUCAUCCACGAUUUUUUCUGGAUCUCUGUUCAGGAAGCUCCGUGCCAUUGUCCAGAGCAAUGAUGGAGGCGGGAAAAUGCGUUCUUCAUUGUGACAUUCCAUUGGAUGCAGCAACCAAUGCGGUCAACGAUGCCGUAUUCAGCUCCUUGGAGCGGCUCUGUUCUGCUGGAGUAGUAGGAUACCUGGCGGUAAAGACAAAUGGCAGGGAGCGCAGCCUGCUACAAUUGCCUGCGCUGAAGCAAAUGGUGCACCUUUUGUAUUUGGCAGGCGGAGCAGGAGGUCAGGGGCACUUGGAGCAACCUGCCAAUGCUGUUUCUUGGGAGGAAGAUGUUGUGCAGACGUGGCUCCGUCGCGCAGGCGCCACAUGCAUCAGCGUCCCGGCUUGCAGCGUUGGGCUGGACGGUGACCGCAGCUGGUUGUUUGCGGGCACGCAUGCAAGCUUCGACGCACUGGCCUUUUCAAGUGACCAUUCUCCCGAACCUCAUCCAGAAACGUCUACAAUCAGACUGGCGGACAGCUCAACUCCCAGUGAGAGGACAGCAGAGUACCCGCUGGAGCUUGCCAGGCGUUUUGCGGCGAUUGUGGCGCCGAUGUGUUCUGGACCUGCAAAACAGCUGACAUUGCAGGAAGCUCUCUCCUGGAUUCCAAUCAAGCGCAUUCAUGAGCCACCAUGGGCUCUUCACGAUGGUGCAGGUGGGAAUCCAGAUUGGAGUGCUCCGCAGAAUGACAACUACCUACAGGCCUUACGCCACACAUGGGUGAAGCUGGUGUUAGAUGGUGGCCUCCACAAGAAGUUGAUGGCACAUUUGCAGCAACAUUCAGCAGAACCUCCUUUUUCUGAAGCAGAUUUGGCACCUUUCAAAACAGCUUUGAUCAAUUUUUUGUCAUUGCAGGAUACUGAUUGGGCCAUACCCCAGUGGCAACCCUUCCGGCUUCAUAUUUUGGAUCGUUUGUGCUCCUUGCUUCGGCACCCUGACAAGGCCGUUAUGCCCGCCUUAUUUGAAGGAGUUCCCUCCGGCUUCCAUCACAACAUUCCUCACAGUACAAUUUUCCCAGCCCGUGACACCACCAUUGUUGCCGAUACCAAUCUUUCAGUGCACUUUUCCAAUUGGAGCAAUGCGGAAGCCAAUGCUGACUUGGUGAGCGAUCUCCUUCAGCAGGAGAUGGCAGAAGGAUGGGUCUACCGCUUUGACGGUGACUUAACACAAGCUCAGCAAUGUUUCCCCGCAGGGGUUGCCAUUGGUAAGCUUAAUGUGGUUACGGCCCCAGGCCGCAAACCAAGAUUGAUUUUGGACAGCACCAUUUGUGGAACCAACCAGCGGUGCCUUAUCCCAGAUCGAUGCACAGUCCCUUCACCCAAAGACGUGCUAAGAGUGUUCCCACUGCGUGAAAAUGCUGAAGAACUUUGGGGUUUCUCGCUCGAUAUACAAGCCGCCCACAAAAGAAUUAGGUUGCUACCGGCAGAACAGGGACUGUUCGGUUUUCGUCAUCAAGGACAUUUGUAUUUCUAUCGGGUCACUCCGUUCGGAGCGACGCCGUCUGCACAUUGGUGGGCGCGCGCAGGUGCUCUGCUGCUUCGCAUUUUCCAAGACCUGGUUUUUUGGAAGCAUGCCAGUUUGCUCUACGUGGACGAUUUCUUAUUCAUGAUGUGCAAGCGCGUUUUGCCGCUGUCAGCAACCAUGAUUGUGAUAUUGGCGCUUCUUUUGGGUUGUCCGAUCAGUUGGCCAAAAUGUGAGCUGGGACCGCAAGUUAUUUGGGUUGGGUGGUCUUUUCAUUUUAGCUCAGGCUACGUAGCGCUGACUGAGGAAAAACGAUUGAAGCUACUUGAGCAGAUCGCGUCUUUGCUGACGCAUCGGCAUGUUUCUCGCAAGGCUCUAGAGCAGUUUAUCGGCCUCUUUUUGUGGGUUACCAACUUGUUCCCUC